GCCUAGUUUGUCCCUCACGACGCUCCGUCACGGACAGCAAAAUGGCAGCUCCCUUGUUGUCAUUGUCCAGAUGUUGCAGGCAUCCUGUUCUUCUUCUCUCGAGAUGCCUUUUGAGUUCAAGCACUGUGUCCAAAGCUCCGCUUCACACCCGCCUCCUUCUGUACCUCACCAAACGCUUCUACGAUGUGGAGGCGCUACUCACAUGGACAUCCAUGUUCAAAAAGAGAGGAGUCCGCAAGAAAAAUGCUUACUAUGGUUACACUGGAAGUUUUCAUGGACCACAUGUUGCAGCUGCAUAUUUUAUCCUAAAUCUAAAAGGAGGAUUUAGAUAUCGUGGCCGCUCAGACUGGUUCCAUGCGGAAAAGUUCGAUUGGGACUUCAUUAAUCACAAAGACUGCCCUCUAGAGGAGAUAGACUUGAGCUACACAGUGAUCAACUGUGAUGGACUUGGAAAUUUCGAUGAGGAGAAAUCAUUGCGGACUCUCUCUUUAAAGGCGUGUCCUGAAGUUGACGAUUGGUUUCUAUCCAGACUUCAUGUUUUUCAAGAUUCUUUAGAGGAAUUGGACAUCUCUCAGUGUCCAAGGAUCACAAUAGGAGGAUUAGCCGCUCUCAGAAAUCUCAAGGGGUUGAAGCGGUUAGAUGUGUCUUCACUUCCUCGCAUUGCUAACCCUGGGUUGGUGGUCAUUCUGCUCGAGGAGAUGUUGCCAAAGUGCCACGUAAUAGCCGACGGAUAUGAAUUUGAUGCUCCACCAAAAGAGGAAGAAAGUGGCCACAGGGAGGAGAUGCAUAGGUAGGGAAAGGGGAAAUACAAGAAGAGAUAGUGACUGUAUUGAUACACAAAAUUAAGAUGCCAAAGAGUGCAUGACUACAUACUAUUUAUAAUUAUGUCCAACUAAUAAAUAAAUUAACAGAUAAUUGGCGUAGUAGAUAAGUGGAAAAGCCAGAGACAACCAAAAUCCAGAUGCAAUAAAUGUGGAAUAUACUAAAUCAACACUAUAUUAUCACAGAUGCACAUCUUUGUAUUUGCUCAAUAUCAGGUCAAAGUCAGUAGUAUAAUUCAAAGUGAGCAUUAUUAUAAACAAAGUAUGCAUACAGUGAGCUCUGAACGUGUAUAACAUUUUGUGCGUGUUUGUGUAUUUACGAGAGACAUACGAGAGACAUUUUAAAUUAAAUAUGUAAAUAUGAUAGCAAUUGUGAUAUUCUAAACUGUAACUAUGAAUAAAUGUGUUAUUC